CCGUUGUAUUUGCUGUGUAUGAGCGGUCCAUCGCCACGGAGAUGCCCGGCGUUUACCAAUGCGACGUGUGUGAGCACUACUACAACUCAGCCGAGAGGAAGCCACUAUGUCUGCCCUGUGGGCAUGACUUCUGCAGGGACUGCCUCUCAAAAUUACGCUUGUAUAAAAAUUGCCCUACGUGUGAUACGAAAUUUACCUGUGACGUAGACAGUCUUCCAGUAAUCUACUCUCUCAUUCCCAAAAACGGCGAGCAAUACUUCAGCUAUGAAAGUCAGAAGCCCUCGUCUAGCAAUGAAGGCUUCAGGCGUCACAACGAACCCCCUCCAAGCUAUGAGAACUCCUGGAAAGAUGAUUACGUACCUCCUCGUAGCAAUGAAAGCUCCUGCCAUGAACAUAAAUUCGUGAGGGAGUUUUGGUGUUCUUCUUGCCACUACAAGAUUUGCAAAAAAUGUCUCAUAGGGAAACAUUCGUCGUGCAAAACGAUGCUUGUCGAAGACGUCAUUAAUGACUUCAAAUUAGGAUCCCCGGUAACUGAGGCCGUCAACGUUCUUAAGCAGAAGCUGGACGUUGAUCUUGCAAAGACUGAGGCGGCCUUAACAAGAAACCGGGAUUCUCUUGCAACGGUCGUUGAAUUCUUGAGCGUGGUUGAGAACGUCAGGGGGCUAUUAAAAUCAGAAAUAACGUCUCUACAGCAACACAGAAAAGUUCUUACGUCACUCAGUAACGACGUAAGACUUCUGACAGGAGUUCCAUAUAACUUACGGAAUGCUGCUAUUGAUCAGCACCGUCAGGUGCUUGAAUGGUCAACCACUCAUCAAAUCGAAACUGUCAAUCGCAACCAAGAACAGCUGGGUCAACCUCAGCUGAAGAAAAUUGCAGAACUCUGCAGUUUUGCCAAAUCGUUCAAGAUGCCCCAGCCCGAACAUGACGCAGGUUGGUUUGGAGGAUGGGGAAGCUACUUCUACGGGAGAGGUGGCUAGCCAGCCACUGCAAAGGUGGCUAACUAGCCACUUCAGAGGUGGCUAACUAGCCACUGAAGAGGUGACUGACUAGCCACUGAAGAGGUGGCUAAGCACCCACUUUAGAGGUGGCUAAACAGCCACUGCAGAGGUGGCUAACUAGCCACUUCAGAGGUGGCUAACUAGCCACUGAAGAGGUGGCUAACCGGCCUCUGCUGUAAGAUGACAAUGUUGAUACCAUUAGUCCCUUGAUAUUUCCUGAUUGAU